GGCGGAAAGUUUAGGGGGAGAGCGGUUGGGGGCGCGGAAGGAGGCGAGGUUCCGGGGGUGGGGCGGGCAGGCGGCAACUGGGCGAGCGGGCCGGUGGGCCGCGGCGAGCGGGGAGGCGGCGCGACCUAGAAGGAGGAAGAGGCCGCGGGGGUGCGGCGGCCCAAGGGAGCUCCUCCCCCGUCCCUUCACCCCCUCCGCUGGGCUCCUCGGGCCCCGGGCGGGGCGGGGGUACGUGGAGCGGGGCCGGGCCGGGGAGCUGCUCCGAGUCUGGCCGGAACGCACCCCAGUUCCGAGCGCACGCCGCUCGCGGGAACUUUGUGGCGGCGCCGCAGGUGUGGGGGCCCGCGGAGGUGUGCAUGCGGGGCGCGAGGGCGUCGCGGAGAGCGGCCGCUGCCCUGUCCGGCCCCCGCUGGAGCAGCCCGGAGGCAGCGAGCAAGGAGAAAGGUGUGUGCCCUCUUCCUGAUUCUGGAGAAAAAUGCCGGUCCGGAAGCAAGAUACCCAGAGAGCAUUGCACCUUUUGGAAGAAUAUCGUUCAAAACUAAGCCAAACUGAAGACAGACAGCUCAGAAGUUCCAUAGAACGGGUUAUUAACAUAUUUCAGAGCAACCUCUUUCAGGCUUUAAUAGAUAUUCAAGAAUUUUAUGAAGUGACCUUACUGGAUAAUCCAAAAUGUAUAGAUCGUUCUAAGCUGUCCGAACCAAUUCAGCCUGUGAAUACUUGGGAAAUUUCCAGCCUCCCAAGCUCUACUGUGACUUCAGAAACACUGCCCAGCAGCCUUAGCCCUAGUGUGGAGAAGUACAGGUAUCAGGAUGAAGACACACCUCCUCAAGAGCACAUUUCCCCACAAAUCACGAAUGAAGUGGUGGGUCCCGAGCUGGUUCACGUCUCAGAGAAGAACUUAUCAGAGAUUGAGAAUGUCCAUGGAUUUGUUUCUCAUUCUCAUAUUUCACCAAUAAAGCCAACAGAAGCUGUUCUUCCCUCUCCUCCCACUGUCCCUGUGAUCCCUGUCCUGCCAGUCCCUGCUGAGAAUACUGUCAUCCUACCCACCAUACCACAGGCAAAUCCUCCUCCAGUCCUGGUCAACACAGAUAGCUUGGAAACACCAACUUAUGUUAAUGGCACAGAUGCAGAUUAUGAAUAUGAAGAAAUCACACUUGAAAGGGGAAAUUCAGGGCUUGGUUUCAGCAUUGCAGGAGGUACAGACAACCCACAUAUUGGAGAUGACUCAAGUAUUUUCAUUACCAAAAUUAUCACGGGGGGAGCAGCCGCCCAAGAUGGAAGAUUGCGGGUCAAUGACUGUAUAUUACGAGUAAAUGAAGUAGAUGUUCGUGAUGUAACACAUAGCAAAGCAGUUGAAGCAUUGAAAGAAGCAGGGUCUAUGGUACGCUUGUAUGUAAAAAGAAGGAAACCAGUAUCAGAAAAAAUAAUGGAAAUAAAGCUCAUUAAAGGUCCUAAAGGUCUUGGGUUCAGCAUUGCUGGAGGUGUUGGAAAUCAGCAUAUUCCUGGGGAUAAUAGCAUCUAUGUAACCAAAAUAAUUGAAGGAGGUGCAGCACAUAAGGAUGGCAAACUCCAGAUUGGAGAUAAGCUUCUAGCAGUGAAUAACGUAUGUUUAGAAGAAGUUACUCAUGAAGAAGCAGUAACUGCCUUAAAGAACACAUCUGAUUUUGUUUAUUUGAAAGUGGCAAAACCCACAAGUAUGUAUAUGAAUGAUGGCUAUGCACCACCUGAUAUCACCAACUCUUCUUCUCAGCCUGUCGAUAACCAUGUUAGCCCAUCUUCCUUCUUGGGCCAGACACCAGCAUCACCAGCCAGAUACUCACCAGUUUCUAAAGCAGUGCUUGGAGAUGAUGAAAUUACAAGGGAACCUAGAAAAGUUGUUCUUCAUCGUGGCUCAACGGGCCUUGGUUUCAACAUUGUAGGAGGAGAAGAUGGAGAAGGAAUAUUUAUUUCCUUUAUCUUAGCCGGAGGACCUGCCGAUCUAAGUGGAGAGCUCAGAAAAGGAGAUCGUAUUAUAUCGGUGAACAGUGUUGACCUCAGAGCCGCUAGUCAUGAGCAGGCAGCAGCUGCAUUGAAAAAUGCUGGCCAAGCUGUUACAAUUGUUGCACAAUAUCGACCUGAAGAAUACAGUCGUUUUGAAGCUAAAAUACAUGAUUUACGGGAGCAGAUGAUGAAUAGUAGUAUUAGUUCAGGGUCAGGUUCUCUUCGAACUAGCCAGAAGCGAUCCCUCUAUGUCAGAGCCCUUUUUGAUUAUGACAAGACUAAAGACAGUGGCCUUCCCAGUCAGGGAUUGAACUUCAAAUUUGGAGAUAUCCUCCAUGUUAUUAAUGCUUCUGAUGAUGAAUGGUGGCAAGCCAGGCAGGUUACACCAGACGGUGAGAGUGAUGAGGUUGGAGUGAUUCCCAGUAAACGCAGAGUUGAGAAGAAAGAACGAGCCCGAUUAAAAACAGUGAAAUUCAAUUCUAAAACGAGAGAUAAAGGGCAGUCAUUCAAUGACAAGCGUAAAAAGAACCUCUUUUCCCGAAAAUUCCCCUUCUACAAGAACAAGGACCAGAGUGAGCAGGAAACAAGUGAUGCUGACCAGCAUGUAACUUCUAAUGCCAGCGAUAGUGAAAGUAGUUACCGUGGUCAAGAAGAAUACGUCUUAUCUUAUGAACCAGUGAACCAACAAGAAGUUAAUUACACUCGGCCAGUGAUCAUACUGGGACCCAUGAAAGACCGGAUCAAUGACGACUUGAUCUCAGAAUUUCCCGACAAAUUUGGAUCCUGUGUCCCUCAUACAACUAGACCAAAACGAGAUUAUGAGGUAGACGGAAGAGAUUAUCAUUUUGUGACUUCAAGAGAGCAGAUGGAAAAAGAUAUCCAGGAACAUAAAUUCAUCGAAGCUGGCCAGUAUAACAAUCAUCUGUAUGGAACAAGUGUUCAGUCUGUGCGAGAAGUAGCAGAAAAGGGCAAACACUGUAUCCUUGAUGUGUCUGGAAAUGCCAUAAAGAGAUUACAGAUUGCACAGCUUUACCCUAUCUCCAUUUUUAUUAAACCCAAAUCCAUGGAAAAUAUCAUGGAAAUGAAUAAGCGUCUAACAGAAGAACAAGCCAGAAAAACGUUUGAGAGAGCCAUGAAACUGGAACAGGAGUUUACUGAACAUUUCACAGCUAUUGUACAGGGAGAUACGCUGGAAGACAUUUACAACCAAGUGAAACAGAUCAUAGAAGAACAGUCUGGUUCUUACAUCUGGGUUCCAGCAAAAGAAAAGUUAUGAAAACUCAUGUUUCUCUAUUUCUCUUUUCCACAAUUCCAUUUUCUUUGACAUCUCUUUGCCCUUUCCUCUGGAGUCUUUUUUCAAUAAUGAUUUCAUGUUGAAUUAUAUCCCACAUCAUGGUCUGCAGGUGCGCUUAUUUUUUUACAUGUAGUGUCUCCUUCAAGUUACAUCAUGUGUAUUAUUUAAUGUCACUAUUGGUUAGUGGCCAUUUUUCACAACUGAAGAUGGAAUGGCCUGACCAGCUAUUAAGAAUUUGGGGAGACGCAGAAAUUGUGGUAAAAUUCCUUAAUGUUUAAGGGAAAGUAACUUUAAGAGAUUUUUGGAAAAGCUUUAUAUACAUUCUUUUCAAAUUUCAGUACAAAUGAAAAAGUGGUUUUAAUCAGUGAUUUAGUAGACUUUGAGCAACUAUGCACGCUUAAGUUUAAUAGCAUGGUUUGGCCAGUGUGUUACUCUCAAGUCCUGUUCUCAGUCAGCUUCUAUCAUCAAAGCAAUUGUUUCAUUAUAGAUAAAUAAGGAAGACAUGUUUUAAUUUAAAAAUUCAUGUCUGAGUUAACUUUCAUAAGGGAUUUCAUUUUUUGUAAGUAUUCUUAGAGUCUUUUAUUAUUUGAAGGUUAUUUUUUCCCAGUACAUUUGCUAGGAAUAACAACGUUUAAAUGUUUUUAAUCUACUUGAGCAACACUAUCGUGUCUUACAAAAGUUGUUCAUAUGUAAAUGAUCAUCACAUUCUGUGAAUCAAGGCCAUGUUCAGGUGCUAAGGAAGUUCGCCUUUUACACAGAAGGUUGAGAAAAUUUCCUAGAUAUAAAUACAGAUAAAUCAGACAUUACAGUGGUGAUGUAGAAACCAUAAUGGCAAUGGAAAGGAGUCCAGUUCAUAGCCUAAAACUUAAAAAUGUAUUCUUAGGAGUCAGAUUUUACUGAAUAUUUUACCCACAAUAGCUGCCUAUUUUGUUAUAAUAAAAUAUAUAUAAAUAUAUAUAUAAAACUUUCUUUAAACUCUGUAACUAUGGGAAUUAUUUUCUUUACAUAGUUGCGCACACACACAAACAUAUAUAUAUAUAUAUUUAAAAUAUGUUUUGUUUCUUUUGCCACCUGCUCCUAACUUCUUGUUUGGUUUUAAAUUAAAUAUUAAUUGAAUAGACUUUACCUUCCUUAAUCCUGUGAACUGAAAAUGGGGCAUGGUGAUCAUGAGGAGAAACAUUUAGGGAAAUUAGAUUACAAGUAAAAGUGUGGGCGUAUUCUCCUCUUUUCUACAAAGUUUUCAAAUGGUUCCUGGGGUUUUGUUGUUGUUCUUGUUGUUGUUAUUGUUGUUCUUGUCAUCAGGUUUGAUUUUGGUCCUUGCCCUUUCCUUCUAGUUCUCCUUUUAUUAAUAGGAAGGCAGGCAAAAGCCCCAUUUAUGUGUGUGUUUCCCUCAGACAGCUUUCGUCCACUGCUCUGCACUAGAAUUGCACAAAUCUUCAUGGUGAGCAAUUUUAAGAAAUUUUAGUGAAAGGUAGAAAUUAUUUCAGAAAUCAGUUUCUCUGGUCCUUUAUAUUAAAAAUAUUUGGCUUCCCAUUGCUCUUUGGAGUUGUUUAUUAAAUAUGUGUUUUUGACAACCUCCUCAUUACAGUUUCUUAAAGAAAUGAGUACUGGUUUGUAAAGAAUUAUCAACAUUAUCCAUUCCAUUUAUGGAGAAGAGGAGAACAGCUAAUAAACUGUAUUGUAAAAUCCAUAUGUUAAAUGUGUCUUGAAUUUUGAAAGAAAAAAAUAUUUUGCAAGCUAACAUUUUCUUGAAACAAUUUGAGGCAUCAUGUAAUUUAUAACUGAAUUCAAGAGCCAUUAGGCAACAGAGUAUGUUAACACAUUGAAAUACACACAGUAUUGCUGUUACACUAAAUAUUGUAGGUUGUUAACAAAAUAGAAAUAUACUAGAAGAAAACUAUUGUAAAAUCUCAAGAGCUUCAGAAAUUGCCUUACAAGACCCCAGCAUAAGCUGUUUUGAAGUAUUUAACCAAAUAGUCACAUGUUGUAAAAUAUCAAGUGGGUUAUAAAAGGAUGCCAUUUAUGUAUUAAAAUCUACAUAACAUUGUUUUCUGGA